CUCUCUGUCAGAGCUCGGCGUUGACAGCCACUGGCCACUGAUCAGCCCACUUUGUCGGGGUUUGUGUCUCCAUGCAAGACUGCUGAGAAAGAAGCUCUGACUCUCGCAUAUUCUUUUAUUCUCAAGUCAAGCAAACGCAACAAAACAACAAGCCCGUCCACGGCACCAAAAGCACCAGAAGUGGAAGAAAAGCCUUCAAGUCGUUUUCUAGACUCAUUACUGUCUCACAGCUCCCUGCACGAUGUCUGGAGAGGACGCACCUGCCGAGCAGCAAAACGCCGUGGACCAGAAGCAGGAGACCAAACCCGCCGAGGAGCCCAAAGCCGAGGCACCCAAGACGGAGCCUGCACCCGCCGCCGCCGCCGAGGCAACCACCGAGAAGGUCCCCGAGGAGGAGACGUUCUCCUACCGCGCGCUGGUGCUCACCGGCUAUGGGGGCUAUGAUAAAGUGAAGCUGCAGGUGAAGAAGGGCAAGCCGGCGCUCAAGGCUGGCGAGGUCCUGGUGCGGGUCAAGGCUUGCGGGCUGAACUUCGCAGACCUGAUGGCUCGGCAGGGGCUGUACGACCGGCUGCCGUCCCCGCCGGUCACCCCGGGAAUGGAGUGCUCUGGGGUGGUGGAGGCUGUGGGGGAAGAAGUGACGGACAGAAAAGUCGGCGAUAAGGUGAUGGUGCUGAACCGCUUUGGGCUGUGGCAGGAGGUGGCAGUGGUGCCGGCAAACCACACCUUCCUCAUCCCAGAGGGCAUGAGCUUCGAGGAGGCAGCCGCCCUCCCUGUGAACUACAUCACGGCCUAUAUGAUGCUGUUUGACUUCGGCAACCUGCGGCCCAACCAGAGCGUCCUCGUUCAUGCUGCUGCAGGUGGUGUCGGUAUUGCAGCCACUCAGCUGUGCAAAACAGUGAAGGAUGUGACUGUGUUCGGCACAGCAUCUGCCAGCAAGCACGAGACUAUCAGCCAGGGUGGAGUCACACAUCCCAUCGACUAUCGCACCAAGGACUAUGUGGAGGAAGUCCGCAAGAUCAGUCCAAAAGGGAUGGACAUAAUCCUGGACCCGCUCGGAGGAUCAGACACCCAUAAGGCCUACAACCUGCUGAAACCUAUGGGGAAGCUUAUCACCUAUGGUGCGGCUAACAUGCUAGCGGGCCAGAAGAAGAACCUGAUCGCUGUGGCCAAGAACUGGUACCAUCAGUUCUCCAUCCACACGCUCAGCCUGAUCCAGGGGAACAAGUCAGUGUGCGGCUUCCACCUGGGCUACCUGGACGGAGAGACGGAGCUCAUCACCCAGGCCAUGAGCACCAUCCUGGAUCUCUACAAAGAGGGCAAGGUCAAGCCUCGCAUCGACUCCACUUGGCACCUCGAGCAGGUGGGCGAUGCCAUGAGAAAGAUGCAGGAGAGGAACAACAUCGGCAAAGUAAUCCUCACCACAGAGCCCAUGCCCGAGGAGGAGAAGAAGGAGGAGGCCAAGAAGGAGGACAAGAAAGAGGACAAGAAGAAAGAGGAUAAGAAGAAGGACGACAAGAAGAAGGACGAUGGCAAGAAGGAGGAGAAGAAGGACGACAAGAAGAAGGAGGAGGCCAAGAAGGAGGAGAAGAAGGAGGAGGAGAAGAAGGAAGAGCCCAAGAAGGAGGAGAAGUGAGAGGGAAGGAUGGAUAGUCAAGCAGACCAGCAGGGAGUUUGUGUCCUGGGAGCAGGGGGUGGGGUGUGGGGAAGGAUGGAGAUGGAGAUGGAGAUGGAUGGGGUGGGAGGGUGGGGGUGGGGUAUAAGAAAGGAUUGGAAGGAGUUAGAAGGGUAGAUUACAAAAAUUAUCACACCACUGUCGAUCGUUCAUCUCUUCCACCUCCCCUCCGCCUCACUCUCUUGAGUCCACCAUGACAGUGAUUACUCAGGCCUGGCUCCACCCACCCCCUCCCAUCCCGUUUUCUUGCCUUUAUCACUUAAGGGAAAAAAAAAAAAAAAUCCAAUCACUUGUAACACCUCGUCCAAACUUAUCUCUCCGCCUCACAACAUCGAGAAAGAUUUUUCCUACUGGGAAUGACGGAGACAAGAGAGCCGUGGAGGAUUGUGGGUACGGUCCAGGCCUGGGGCAAAUUACUGUUUCCUUGACAACCGUAAUCCCUGCUUGCACUCCGGCUCCGCCCUCGACCCCCGUGCCCCUCCGCACCUCAACUCCCACUGUGCUAAAUUGUUCUGCUCUGACUUCCACCUGCCACCUCCUCUUCCCCCCUCACUGUGCUGAGUCCCCCCCACCACCACCACCACCACCUCCCACACCACCACCACCGCCACCCCCAAUCCAUCCACGGGCCGGACGCACAGACAGGCACAAAGACAGGCAGAUAAACGGAGAACCACACCCACCCACACGUUGCUCUCUUAGUGUCCAACGCUUAGUUAUGUCACUGAGGAUGAGUCAGAGAUGCCUGUGAUUGGCUGAUUCUCCCCACCUCCCCGGGAGAUAUUUGCAUCACAGUUUUGAUCAUGAUGUUUGACUGCUGAGACAAUGGUGUUAAUGCUACAAGGUCUAACUUUGGUUCUCAUUUACACGGCCUUAGCUGUGAUAUAUCUUGUAUCAGUCUCCACCAGUGGGUGAGAGAAACAUCUCCGCAGAGCAUGUGUUCCCACCAAAUUUCAGCGAAGUUAAUAUAGUGGCUGCAGUUUUGCACUUGCCUGAAUAUGAAUUUCCCUCAUAAUGAGCCUUUCUGUGCAGCGCUGAAUAGGGAGGCAGAAAUCAUUGCUCAGCUUCCUUCUCCUUAGUUACAGAUUUUUCUAGCUGACCAACUGUUGGCAAGAAGUGCGCAGUGCCAAUUAAGAGAGAAUUUGUUUCUGUUCAAACAAGCCACAAACACACACACACGCACGCACACACAAACACACUCUGAAUGUGAUGAAAGAGGCACUGUCACGCUGAGACAGUGAAGCGUCUGAAAUGAGCAAAGUUAAGAAGGUGAAUAUCGGUCCCUUUUCCCCCCCUCAGGAUCGCGCUUUCUUCCUCCCCUGAUCCUCCUCGAGGCAUUCCAUGGCAUUCUGCUCCUUUCUCAGCGACCGCUCGCCUGUCGAUCACCCUGACCUGAGAGAGGAGAAUUCAAUUCAAGCUGGCGUCCAUACUUCGCCUCCCCUGCUUGUUUCUACUCUGCUCUCUCUCUCUCCCUCCUCUUUCCAUUUCCCUCUCUAUGGUCGGCAUAGCAACAGGCGUCAGGCUCGUCAGAGAAGGCACUGUGGUCUGUUUCUCUGACUCCCUCUCCCCGUGUCUCUCUUCUCUGCCUCCCUAACUCUAUAUUUGCCAACAGUCGGUGCCGUCGACCAGUAUUCCAACAGGUGUAAAAUGCAUUAAGGAAUUCAGAUGAUGCAAACGAGGAGGUGGAGCAGUUUUCAGGGUUGAUAGUAUUAGAAUACCAAACAGUUUGCUCAAACCUGCUUAAAUCAAGUAUUGACAAUGUGUGCACUUAGCAGUACGCCAGCUAUAACAGUGCACCGCUCCCUCUAAUGGCCAGUAUGAGUUUUGUCUCACUGGUUUAAUGUCAUUUAAAGUAAAUCAUCAUCAAUCCCACUGGGUGGACUCUAAAUCUUUCAUGUAGGAGGAUAUCAACUUUAAACCUUAGAUAUUUAUCUACCUGCCUGCCUGUCUGUGAGCCCGGCCUCAGUGUUGAGACUCAGAUGGUGACUAGUGACUUUGUAAAAAACACAAAACAAAAUGUUUGAAAAAAAAAAAAAAAAUGAAAGAAAAAAAGUUGUUGUGUUAGCAUGAGUGGCCUCCCUCAUGUGCUGUGUGUGGUGUGCCAUUGUGUGUGAAGAUGUGUGUGUCCUCAGGUCGUUUGUCAGGUUUUAAAGCACCCACCCUGCCCUCCCCACCUUGCCACAUUUCCCCCCUCUCACACUACUCAGCUACAGUAUUAUGUAGCUCCAACCCCAACCCUCCCUUCUUACUCUAUCUCUCCCUCCUGUCAGAUAAGAGGCCUGUGUUAUGAGGACAGUUGGUAUUAGUAUUUUUGCACUCUGCUCGCUGAUCUUAAUGCACUUACAGGCAUGGCGGUCGCACUCCAGUCCCACGCAGGCUUUGAUUCUGCUCCAGGUUUGCAGCCUGUUUCCCAUCAUCCACUCCCAGUGUAUCUGCUGAAGCUCACUGAAAGCACAGGUGGCACACACACACAUAGAGACACACACACUCAUGUAAAGGUCCCCUCAUUUUCAGCUUGCCAGUCCCUGCCUGGGCCAACUUCUCCUGGGUGGCAGCUAAAAUCAAAGCAUUCAUCCAUCCUUGACUGUGGGAAGUAAAAUGUGGAGCAGGGCGGAGUGGACUGGGCUGGAGUGUGACAGCCACGCUGGUGUGGGGAGUGACUGUGUCCUGUCAGCCUCUGGUUAGUGUUCUGUUCUAAUCUGCUGGGCUCCCUUUGUGAACCUGUGGACGGUGCUUCUGUUCCGAGUGCCAUGUGAGAAACAAACGCUUCGGUUAAAAGAAAAAAAAAGAAGAAAAAAAAGAUGUUUUACUUAAUAUGUUAUUUUAAUUUACCUUUAUAUUUCCGUUUGUUUGUCUGUUUUGUUAUCCAAGGGUUUAAAGUUCAAAGCUCAUACUAUAUAAUGUGGGGACCUGCCAACCUGCACUCCUUUUAAAUGUGAUGAAGUCUUUCUGUUGGUCUGAACCAUGUGUGCCAAAUUGUAUGUAUAUUCCUUCUGUCAAUGCUUUGAAUAUUAACAGUGCAUAAAAAAAAAUAUGAAGAC